AUGAUUAAUUGGUAUGAAUCGCAUUCAAGCCAUAAUAUCAACAACGAUAUACCCAUUUCAUCAACACCUACCAGUGCGCCGCCGACAACUACAUCGCCUAUUCCGGUCACUGUCACACAGUCCAGAACACAGUCCUCCACCGCCACAACACCACCACCAACAACACAWCAUCAUCAUCAACAACAACAACAACACCAUCAAAACCAACAAAUGGUGAUCAGGACGGCAACCAUUCAGCCACAGAUCAAUCACAAGCGAAGCAACUCUGGAUGUGAGACAGGAAUACCCGAUCUAUUCUCGCCCACUGAGGGCCGGGAGUGUGUCAAUUGUGGGGCCAUUUCUACCCCAUUGUGGCGCAGGGAUGGGACCGGACAUUAUCUGUGCAACGCUUGUGGUCUCUAUCACAAAAUGAAUGGAAAUAAUAGACCUCUUGUCAAAAAUCAAAGGCGGCUAACUACACAGUCAAGACGUUCAGGACUGUCGUGUUCUAACUGUUCCGCAACCAACACAUCCUUAUGGCGACGCAAUAGCUUAGGAGAGCCGGUGUGUAACGCCUGUGGUUUAUAUUAUAAACUUCAUAACGUUAAUCGUCCGAUAACUAUGAAGAAGGACUCAAUUCAGACUCGCAAACGUAAACCUAAACAACAAUCACAAACAACUAACGGUCAGACACCACAACCAACAACAGUGCAACAGUUGGCUCCCUAUUCAAUACCACUUAAGAUGGCAUAUGGAGGUGUUACGGCUCAAACAUACAUUGGACCCCAGAGCUCGACACCUAUAGUAUCGGCGCGCAGUUAUCCAAACUUUGCGGGAAUUGCACCGUUGAGUAUGCAAUCAUUAUAUCAAUACCCAAUAUCUGGUUAUUAUAGCAAUACAAAUGGCGAUAUGAUAACACAUCCACACGAAACACAUCAUUUGUCACCACCGAUGGCUCACCACAACUCCAUCGGGUCGUCCAAUAUGUCUAACUCUUUCUCACCCAACGAUUCAAUAAAUGUCAGUCCAGUUGCCGGCAGUGAUAUGUCUAGUUAUUCAUCGCCCGUCACCGUUAGCGAACUGGUGCCACUCACCUCACUUACAGAUGAACACUCAUAUUGAGGACAAACCCCAUACCAUUAGAUAACAUAUCUCUGGGACAUACCAUUCAAUCACAGUUUUAAAAUGUGAUUAAUAUAUCCUAUAAAUAUUACUUUUUUAAAAUAAAAUUAAUUUUUUUUGUCAUUUAUUAAAAAUGAUUUUUAUAAACUUAGUAACUAAUUAAGCUAAUUAUAAUUUAUA